UGAUCAGCUGAUAAACAGUGCACUGGUAGGUUCAGCUUAAGUAUUUAUUUAAGAAAUGUAUACGUAUUAUUACGAUAAUCGAAAAUGUCACGUAAAAUUCAUAUUAAAUAAGUUUAUACAAAAUGCAACAGUUAAUUAAUGUAUUUAGUUGAAAUUCUUCCUGGCUGAUGUGUUCCGUCCAAACUUUCGAAUACCUUUUAGUUUGACUUUGACCUUUGAGAUUUUUAAAAUAAGACAAAAAAUAACAAACAAAAGGUCGUUACGUCAAAUUGUGGUGUGAAAAAAUUAGUCUUUACUUUAAAAAAAUAUCAAAAUAAUUUUAAGUACUCAUUUUUCAAAAUUUACAAGUGAAUGUAACAACAAUGUAUACAAGAACUGCGUAUUGUGUGAACAAUAUAUUCUCUAAUGCUUCUCGCGAGAGAUGCUUGGCCAAUUUGAAGAAGAUGCGCGUCCCAGACGGGUGGAAGGGUGCCACUCCGACUGCUCCUAACGCCUCCGUGCUCAUCCCGGUAUGUAGUGUGGAGGACAACACUUCGCUGCUGUAUACAAUAAGGUCGCCCAAUCUCCGAUCGCACAGUGGACAGAUAUCCUUCCCGGGCGGAAAAAUGGAUGAAGGCGAAACACCAAUACAAGCAGCUUUGAGGGAGACUCAAGAGGAGAUAGGCCUCUCGCCCACGAAAAUCGACGUGUGGGGCCACGGACCUCCCAUACAGGGCAGAGACAAGAAAUUCCUCAUCACCCCUGUAAUAGGCACUGUUGUAGAUUUAAGGAAAACCGAUUUACAUCUAAACACAAAGGAAGUUGCUGAGGUGUUCUGUGUCCCUUUAGAAAUACUUUGCAACCCGAAAAAUCAAUUUUAUACUCAAUUUAGAAAUGGGUUCAUUCUGCCCGUGUUUGUGGCUGAAGAGUACAAGAUAUGGGGAAUAACUGCUUAUUUAACUCAUACUUUCCUCAGUUGUUUGCUACCUAAAGAAGUGUACAGGAAUGAAUGGACAAAAAAGAAGAUUAAUUUGAAAGAUAAUGAACAUAUGCAGUUGGAGUCUGAUACAAUGUAGCUUUCAAAUUGUGAAAAUGGACAUUAUCAUUAAGAGAUAAGUGUUAUGAAUUGUGAAAGUAUCCUUAUACAAAUAUACACUCAGCCUUUGUUUUAAAACCAACAAAUGCAGGGGCCAACUGUAAAUUGAUUCAACUUGAGAUCUAAAUUCAAGAUACCAAAGAUAUACCUCUAUGGAAACAGAAGUGCAAAUUAUCUGUUGUAACUUAUACAAAUGUAUAUUUACAUAUUUAUAAAUAGUUGACUUAUAUAAUAAAUUAAAAGAAAUUCAA